GCAAAGACCAUAUAAAGAACCUUCACUCCCUAAACUUCUAGCUGCUCUGUAACUCAGACAAACUGAAUCUUCUUUGCCACCCACAUCCACCUCAGCAACAGAUAAAAGACAAUGGCAGAGACAACCAUAUUGACGUGGGCUGCGGAAAGAAUUCUACGAAAGCUACUUGGAAAUGCUUCCUUGACUCUUCUUUAUAAGUCUGGUGCUAAUAAACAUGGCCUAGAGGGCAUGGUUCAAAGAUGCAGUCUUCAGGGAUCCACUGUGACAGUGCUGGACAUUCCUAAUUAUAUUUUUGGUUUUUUUAUGCUGCAGAAUUUUCCUAAAUCCACUGAAAAUUCACAAAGGUCAUAUACUUCUUCUUGGUUUUUAUCUAAAAAAAGUAAUGUAACUGAAGAGACAACUUUAUUUUUAAACAUAAUAUUCCAAAUUACUAAUAAUUGCCUGAAAUUUUAUAUCUCAGAUGAACUGAUAGCCUGUAUAGACACAAAUAAAUCUAGAGUGUAUUUAUAUGAUUCAUUAAAGGAAAAAUUUGCAACUAUAUCUGGAGCACUAUACAAAGAACUUGAAAUUUUUCGAGUUGAAGGAAUUAAGAAAGAUCCACAAUACAUAAGGAAAUUAUCAACAGUCACAUAUCACAAAGAAAAGUUGUUAGCAGAGCUUCGCGCCUACAAACCCUAUACAGACUCGGUUUCAGAAAUUCAUAUUCUGUUACUGGGUCCAGUAGGCUCUGGGAAGUCCAGCUUUUUCAACUCCGUGAAGUCUGUUUUUCAAGGUCAUACAACUCGUCAAGCCAUAGUAGGCUCAAGUUAUAACAGCAUUACUGAGCAAUAUAGGAUAUAUUCUGUUAAAGAUGGAAAAAAUGGAAAAUAUCUGCCAUUUAUGGUGUGUGAUACCAUGGGCCUUGAUGAGAGGGAUGGUGAAGGAUUGUGCACAGAUGACAUACCUCACAUCCUAAAAGGCUGUGUGCCAGACAGAUAUCAAUUUAAUCCACGUGAACCAAUUGCAUGCAAACAUCUUUCUCCUGUUACAUCUUCAUCACUGAACAGGAUUCACUGUGUGGCAUAUGUCUUAGAUAUCAACUCUGUUGACAAACUCUCCACUCAAAUGAUUUCAAAGCUCAAACAAAUUCACAAAGAAGUAUUGAAUUGUGGUGUAGCACAUGUAGCCUUGCUUACAAAAGUAAAUAAUUGUGAUGAAGUUCUUGAAAGUAACUUUUUAAACAUGACAAGUUAUGCAACGUCUCAAAAUCAGGUAAUGACUGUCAAUAAAAUGUUAAACAUUCCUGUUCGUAAUAUCUUGAUGAUUGGAAAUUCUGCUUCCAAGAAGGAACUGGACCCAAUAAAGGAUGUUCUGAUCCUCACUGCCCUGAGGCAGAUGCUUCGGAAUGCUGAUGACUUCUUAGAAGAUUUGCCUCUGGAGGAAACUGCAUCUAAAUGAUGGUUCCUCCAGGAUCAGUCACUCUUCAAAUCUGAAGGUCAACCCUGAGCAGUGAUAUCUACAAACCAUCUUCCAUGUUUCUGUACUACUUACAAUUGCGCUUCUGUGCGAUUUUUUUCAAUCUCUUGAGGAAAAAUGAAUUAUUAUGCCCUUAGUUUGUUUUCUAGAAUAUUAAUAAAGUACUAAUCAGUGUGAA